AUGAAUUUUCAAGAUAAAAUUGCCAAAUUAUGUAUCGAUAAGUAUAAGUCUUUAAAAAAAACCGGGAAACCGCGUGACAAUGAAUGGACAGUUUUAGCUGGUGUAGUAUUGAAAGAUGAGGGUGAUAAUUUAAAAAUAGUCUCAUUGGCAACGGGAACAAAAUGUCUGGGUUAUAAAGAAUUGAUGAAUACUAAUUUAUAUGAUAUGGGUAGUAGAUUAAGUGAUUCACAUGCAGAAGUACUUACACGACGUGCCUUCAUAAGAUAUUUGUACGAUCAAAUCGACCAAUUACUUUCUUUAAAUAAAAGCCAAAUUUUUGUGAUUAAUGAUGGAUCUAUUGAGUUUAAAUACGGGGUGUCUUUUCAUUUUUACGCAAGUCAUACUCCUUGUGGUGAUUGUUCAAUAAUUCCGAAAGAAAAAUUUAAAAUGCGAGUUGCUGAUAACGGAAUUGAUGAUGUUGAUGAUGAUGAUGGGAAUCCUGUGCCAAAAAUUUUAAAAUUAAACGAUGAUGCAAAAGCAGACAAUGGAACAAUUGUAGAAAAUAAUUCAUUCGUUGAUGACAUUCAUCGGACUGGUGCUAAAAUUAUUGCCACGGAAGAAAAACAAGACCUUUAUUUACCUGGUGUUAAUUAUCAUACCACGGGGCCGUUGAGAACCAAACCCGGACGUGGAGAUCGUACUCUAAGUUUGUCUUGUUCAGAUAAAAUGGCCAAGUGGAACUUUGUCGGCAUCCAGGGAGCGCUUUUGUCAUUAUUUAUUCCGGUAUUGAAACUUGAGACUAUUGUUAUUGGUAAUGGAUGCCCGUUUUCAAUGGAAGCAAUGGAACGCGGUUUGGGCAAAAGGUUCACUGAUGAAUCCACUUUGCCGAAAAUUUAUCAGAGUUCUUUGAUGUUCAUGCAUGGGAAAGAUGAUUACAGAAUCAAUCCUUGUCCAUCUAGUGUUAUCUGGUGCUCUACACAAAAACAAGAUACUGAAAUCGCAGUCGAAGGACGUAAGCAAGGAGCAACUAAAAAUAAAAAAGUAAAUUACUUGCUUGUGACAAGAAAAAAUUUUUUAAAAACUUUUCUUAGUCUUAUUGAAAAACACCCGAAUUUUAAAUCAAUACCGAGACAUCCGAAAAAAAUAACUUAUUAUGAUUGCAAACAGUGGUCUAGUAAUUACCAAAAAUCGUGGAGUAAUUUGAGAGCCAAUAUUAUGAAAACAUGGCCGUCAAAACCGAUACUGCUUAAAAAAUUUACAUUGUAACAAUUUGUUAUCGAUUUUAAAAUAUCUAUUUUAUUAUAAAA